AUGUCAGAAAUUGCCAAGAAAUAUAAUGCAGGAACAAAUAAAGGAUCUUCACAAUUCAAUGCAAAGAAGAUUGAAGAGGAAGAGGAAUCAAUCAAGAUUCCAGAGUUAAAGGCAUCAGUGCCAAAGGCUAUUCAAAAGGCACGUACUCAACUCGGUAUGAAUCAAAAGGAGUUGGCUGCAAAGAUUUACGAAACCACUUCAGUAGUUAAUUCAUACGAAAAUGGUUCCGCCAUUCCAAGUGUACCAAUCUUGAUCAAGAUGGAGAAGGUUUUGGGUGUAAAGUUAAGAGGAAAAGACAUUGGUACUCCACUCAAAUUUACUGAUUUACUAAUGGGAAUAAGUUUGAGAUUUGGUCAAGUUGUAAAUGUUUACAAAUCAUCGUCCUCAUAUACGAAAAUAUCAAAAUUCAUUAUAAAACCAGUUCAACAACAAAAGAAGAUAGGAAUGAUGAUACUCGACAGUGAAGAAACAGUACAUUUCGAGCUUGAGGAAGACUUUGACGGUAUGGAGUAUCCCGAGAAGUCAAAGUAUGGCUGGGCCUACAAUAGGAUUCCUCUGACGAACGCGCAGUGGCUCUACAUCUUUGGCGCACAGGGAGUGGUCUCUGGCAUCAUCAACUUUUUCAUCAAUAUGUUUUUGGCGUGGGUCAUCUACCCGAAAGGCGAAGGUGCCACCAUCGUCUUUACUGGCUCUCUUACCUGCAUUUUCUCUGACAUCAUCAUGACCUCUUUCCUUCUACCAACGAUCACCUGUAUCCUCUCAUCAUUCCUCGUUACAUUUGAUCUUCGUAAAGGCAAGAUGAUAUCACCGAUCGACGAACGUUGGUUAAAACAUCCAUGUCUAUCAUGGAUUCCUACUGUCUCAACAUCUAUACACUAUGUACUAACUAACGACGUUUGUUAUCUACUUUUCUACUUUUUAAACGUUUUAGGUAUAAAUUAUAAGAUUAUAAUUAAAAGAGCUAUUAUAUUUGGUGUUUUGGGUGUUUGUGUAUUCUCACCACCUACCUUGGUUGCUGUGUUCUUGGCAACGAAAUCCGAUGGCUACAUGGUGUUGAAGUGGUCGUUCUAUAUCUUCAAGGGAAUAUGGUGUGCACUUCUCGCUAUGAUUGUAUCACCACUCAUUGCAUUUGUAUUGGUUGCCUCAUAUGCAUUGCAUUGUACAUCAAAAUCAACAUUAACUUUUGAAGAACAUAACAGCGAUGGUUAA